UGAAGCCAUAUUUUGCAGCAUUCAUGGAGAUCAGUAAAAGUAUUACGAACCCAGAAGAACUUUGGAAAAUGAAGCCUAAGGGGAACCUGGAAGAUGACAGUUACUCGACUAAGGACACCGGAGAGACAAGCAUGCUGAAAAGACCCGUGCUCUCGCCUUUGCCGCACACGGUCCACGUCGACGCCUUCGACUGCCCCCCGGAGCUCCAGCACACGCAGGAACUCUUUCCAAACUGGCGCUUGCCAGUUAAAGUUGCCGCCAUUCUAUCGUCUCUCACCUUCCUGUACACUCUCCUGAGGGAAAUCAUUUACCCGUUAGUCGCUUCCCGCGAACAGUAUUUUUAUAAGAUCCCGAUCCUGGUCAUUAACAAAGUCUUGCCAAUGGUCUCCAUUACCCUCUUGGCGUUGGUUUAUCUGCCAGGAGAGAUAGCGGCAGUUGUGCAGCUUCGCAAUGGGACCAAGUACAAGAAGUUCCCACCCUGGUUAGACAGAUGGAUGCUGGCGAGGAAACAAUUUGGGCUCCUCAGCUUCUUCUUUGCAGUUCUGCACGCCAUUUACAGUCUCUCGUACCCAAUGAGACGAUCCUACAGAUACAAGCUGCUCAACUGGGCUUACAAACAGGUUCAACAAAGCAAAGAAGAUGCCUGGAUUGAGCAUGAUGUCUGGAGAAUGGAGAUUUAUGUGUCCCUGGGGAUCGUGGGACUGGCCAUCUUGGCUCUCUUGGCUGUGACAUCUAUUCCAUCUGUGAGCGACUCUUUAACCUGGAGAGAAUUUCACUAUAUUCAGAGCAAACUGGGAAUUGUCUCUCUUCUUCUGGGCACGGUACACGCUUCGAUUUUUGCCUGGAAUAAAUGGGUAGAUAUCAGUCAGUUUGUCUGGUACAUGCCUCCGACUUUCAUGAUAGCUGUUUUCCUUCCAACUGUUGUUCUGAUCUGUAAAAUUGUACUUUGCCUGCCCUGCCUGAGGAAGAAGAUACUGAAGAUUAGAUGUGGUUGGGAAGAUGUCCGCAAAGUUAACAGGACUGAGAUGGCCUGCAGGUUGUAGAACUACUGUUUGCACAUAAUUGCUUAAUACCGAUGUCUUAUAAACAUUUCAAACCUGUGUCUGUUAAUAAAAUGAAUACUUCCGGAUCA